AUGGCGGGGCUGUUGUUGCUGUGCUGCAUGAGCAUGCAGGCAGCUGCGGAGAAGGACCUAUACAAGAUCCUUAACGUCCCAAGGAACGCUGACGAGAAGGCCAUCAAAGCUGCGUACAGGAAGUUGUCCCUCAAGUAUCACCCCGACAAGAACAAAGACCCAGAUGCCAAGGAGAGGUUUUCGGAAGUUGCAGCUGCCUACGAAGUCCUCUCUGACUCUGAGAAACGUCGGAUUUAUGAUCAGCAAGGAGAGGAAGGGUUGAAGAGACACGAGCAAGGAGGAGGACAGGCACACAACCCUUUUGAUAUCUUCGCCCAAAUGUUUGGUCAUCGAAGUGCGGGCUCGGAGGAGCAACGGGGACCGGACAUCAACAUGGAGAUGGAAGUGAGCUUGAAGGACCUUUACCUUGGGAAGCAGACCGACAUUCUGCUCAAGAAGCAGAUCAUCUGCAGACAAUGCGGAGGAUCCGGUGCUAGAUCUCCAGAAGAUGUCAAACGCUGCAGCGCGUGUGGCGGGUCUGGUGUGCGGGUAGUCAGGCAGCAGAUUGCUCCUGGCUUCGUGCAGCAGAUGCAGACAACGUGCGAAGAGUGCGGAGGCAAGGGAAAGAAGGUGGCGCACAAAUGCCCCAAAUGCAAGGGACGAAAGGUCCAGAGUGGGUCAGAGACGAUAACUGUGGACAUCGAGCGAGGAGCUCCGGACGGGCAUGAGAUCGUUUACGAGCAGCAGGCGGACGAGAACCCUGACAUGAAGUCUGGAGACAUUAAGUUCAAGCUCCGCCAGCUGCCCCAUCCCCUCUUCAGGCGAGAUGGAAAGAACUUGAAGAUGAAGAUGCGACUCUCGCUGAGGGAAGCGCUACUAGGAUUCGAGAGGAAGGUCUCACAUCUCGAUGGACACGUCGUCACUGUGUCGGACUCAGGAACAACUCAGCAUGGCCGAGUCCGAACGGUCAGGGGCGAAGGUAUGCCGGAGCACAACUUUCCUUCUAGCAAGGGAGACCUCCUUGUUGAGUUUGAGGUUGAGAUGCCCACCAAGGUAUCAACCCCUGACAUGAUGUCUGUUGCCGGGAGACUCAAGGACAAUCCGAACACAUGUUCGUAA